AUGUCUGGUCUCCCGAUGGAUGAAGCCGCCCUUGGUCCCGUUCAGCAAAAAUGGGUUUACACAGCCAAGACGAACAAGGUAAAUCCAGGGAAUCUGACAUGUACUCCUACGAGUAUGCUCUGGCUCGAGCCCUUGGAGCAAGUGCAGUACCAUCAGUCGGAGUGGGUGGGAGAGCAGGGUGUCCAGCAGUCUGUAAACUUCAGACACUCCUUCCUCCCCGACGCGGUCCGCAAACUGAUCAACGUGAUACCCAGCGCCACAUACGGGAUGUGGAAUGAAAUCGAUGGCGAAGAGGUGUUCAAGGAUGCGUUGGAAAAUGCGGUUGAUCGCGGCGAGUUCUUCACCAACAUACGCGCGGCUAAGUACAGCCUCUGGGCCAUCAACACUGGCAACCACUGGAAAGUCAUCUACCUCCGCCUCGCGCCUUCUCAGCCGUCUGGUGAGUACGACACCCUUGUCGACCUCGCCAUAGUCGACCCGCAGAAGUCUAAAGAGCUUACUGCCUUCGUGCGAGAGCGUUUGUUCAUCAUCUUGGACACUGGCGGCAUCGACAUCUCAGCCGCAACGCAGCAAAAGAUACGGGUCCCCCGGCAAAGAGACAGCUUCUCGUGCGGACUGCGGACUGCGGGCCACGGCGUUUAUAUGGGAGAUGUUCCGUCGCAUCCAGGAGCUUGA